AAAGACUUUAAAAAAAUUAUUAUUAAUUCGCUUAAUAUCCUACAGGUGUUUAACAAACGCAUUGUAAGCUUUUAUUUUGUUUUGUUCGUCGGUUUGUUCCUGAGCUAUGACAUUUCCGACAACCCCUGAAGGCAGCAUGGGGAAACGAUAGGAGACGAGAAACGCACAGAGAGAGAGAAACAGAAAGAGGAGAGUGACAGAGAAGAACCUGUGCUCUUCUACAGCACCGGGAGAAAGGAAUUCACCAGAGAUCACAAUUUCUUGUCCCGAUUUUUUUUUUUUUUUUCUUUUUUGACAAACUUCUUUCGGGUUUUCUCUCCUCUUUUUGUUGCUGUCAGUGUGCAAAAUACAGUGGACUCCCUAUAUCUGUGUUCGUGUAUCUCUACUGGAUCUUCACUUCUGAGGCUGUGUACAGUUUUGGUUUUGGAGAACUGCACCGGUUUGUUUUUUCAUGCGAGGUUUUUUUUAGCCGAGUGCUGCUUUAACUGGUCCUGUGAUGGAAAUUUCACUGUGACACAUGUGUGGAAAUACACUAGAAUUAAGGCUAACCGAGCCAGAACAAGGAGUACAAAAAGUGUUGUGGAUCAGCAGAACCUGAGAAAAAUCGCCUUAAUCGACAAUGACGAUCAGGACCUGAAAAAGAAACUGAUAUGUUCAGUUUUUACUUGAGCAGUGAGGUACACAGUUCACUGACUUUAUUAGUAUCUUGAGAUCUGAGUGUGGCAUUUUAGCUGACGGGACUGAUACAGAAAUAUAUCCCUAGAUGUACUUCUCUAGAUAGCAGUGAUUUCCAAUGUUUCUGAACCUGUGAACAACCAGGUACAAAAGGGGGUUUCAUCCAUACCAUGAAUCCUAGAGACAGCGUAGAGGUCAUGGAGACCCAGGAGAAGCUGACUGGCAAAAAAGCCAACACUGAAAAGGAGUUUGAAGGCGAGGAUGACAAAAUCCCAGAGGCAUACAACUGCAACAUCUGUGGACGCAGCUUCCCUUUCCUCAGCUCAUUCUCGCAGCACAUGAGACGCCACACGGGCGCACGCCCUUAUAAAUGUCCCUACUGCGACCACAGGGCAUCUCAGAAGGGCAACCUCAAAGUCCAUAUCCGCAGCCACAAACUGGGCACGCUGUCCAGCCACCACUCUAAUGAGGACGAAGAGGGCGGAGCAGAGGAGGAGGAGAUGAAGGUUUCCGAGGGUCUGGAUGGAGGCACCAGUCCAACUAAGAGCAGCUCUGCCUGCAACAAGAUGAUCAACGGGGAUGUCGGAGAGGAGAGUCGAAGGAAAAUGCCUGCGCGGAGCAUGAAAAGAGAAAAGUCUGUCAGCAACCAGCGGCCGUAUUGUUGCCGCCUUUGUGGGUAUGAGGCCCUGCGGGAAGACCAGCUCCUGAGCCACAUUGAGAAAGUCCACAUUACAGCAGACGCAGAAGAGGACACGGUCACAGUUAAGGAAGAGGUCAUUACCGAGCCUGAUACCGUCCAGCCGCAAAGCGAUGGGACGUUCCCCUGCGAGACCUGUGGCCAGGUGUUCAGCCAGGCCUGGUUUCUGAAGUCACACAUGAAGAAACACGCCGGAAUCCUUGAUCACUGCUGCCGAAUAUGUGGAAGAAGGUUCCGCGAAGCCUGGUUUCUCAAGUCGCAUAUGAAAACCCACAAUACCAGGUCCAGGUCUCGCUCCAAAGCAGAUUCGGCAGAGCCUCCCACCACUAUAAAUGACGUAGCACAGGAUCCUGACAUAACGACAACUUCUGUUACAUCUGUCUAUCAGAUGUGCUCGAAAUGUGGAAACCUUUUCCACAGCAAAGAAAGCCUGAGAGCCCACGAUAAAGUUCACAGUCCUAAUUGUGGCAGAAAAUCCCCAGUUCACUGCAGGUCUACUGAUGAUGAGGAUUCACCAGCUGCGAAGAGACGUCUCCUGGAAUACUUUAACCUACAAUGCGUUGAGGGAAAGACGCCGGGUGAAGAGGAGGACAGCGAGCAAAGAACUCUUGGUCAAAGGAUUCCAGAAUUAGAUCCAGUUUGCAGCUACCAGGCUUGGCAAUUAGCCACUAAAGGAAGAGUUGUAGAGCCAGUGGAGCCAAGUUACAAAGCUUCAUAUAGCGGAGGGAGCAUGGAGGACGAAGCCCUUACCGAUGCCGCAGUGGUUUAUGAGAAGGAGAACAGCCGUUAUGUCUUGCAAGGCCAAGAAAAACGCAGCUCAGGGAGACGCAGCAGCUCAGGGUUGGGAAGCCACACAUCUUCAGGCGACAGGACACCGGAGAGCCUCAGCGACUCAGAGUACCGCCCCUCAAGUCGACAGGACAAACGGCGACCAUCCCAGUCUUCUUCCAAAGGCAAAGAGUGCUUCGAGUGUGGCAAGAUGUUCCGCAGCCGCCAUCAGAUGAUCGUCCACCAGCGGGUUCAUAGGAAGGAUGGCGGCAGGGCACCAGUGGGAGACAAGGAAAGAACUGGAAGGGACGAUCAGUGGGGACCCACCAGUGACCCGGAGUCCGGUUGCCCCAGCAGACCCAGCACCCCAGGGUAUGGAGAUUCUCCACCUGCGUCGACGCUUGGAGAUCAGGCUUCCGAGAUGGGAACCUCGAACUCUGGGGAAAUUGCAGAUGAAAAGCCAUACAUCUGCAGCCUUUGUGACUUUGUCACCACAGAGUCGCAGGCCUACUUCACCCAUGUUCGUGUCCAACACCAGGCUGCCUCCAAAGACAGACCCAGCCCUGUCCCCAGUCCCAGCUCCAGCUCAGACAGAGGGUCUCUCAGCAGUUAUCCCAAACUUAAGAAAGCUUUUACUCCAGGGCUAAAAACCUCUCCAAAUGCUUAUCUCUCUGCUCGUCCUUCUUCAUCUGAUCCCGCCAUGAUCCCGAUGGAUUUAUGUGUGAGAGCCAAUGGGAUCAGGGGCGUAGCCUCUAUAACUUUAGAUAAAAAGAACCUCCCAAGCCAUAAGUGCUCCUUCUGCUCUCACUCCACCCGCUACCCAGAGGUGCUCUGGAUGCAUCAGACAGUGGCUCACCGCAUCAACAGCAGUAGCUCCAAUCUGGCUCCAAAAUGGGCUGUUAAGAACAACUCUAAGACUUCCAGGGACAGUACUUCGUCCUCAAAGAGACGCACCGGACCUCCACCUGUGCUGGAAGGGAAGGAAUGCCAGCCGCUCCCUCCAACCGUGCGGAGCCAGCGGACGCGGCCUCCUACCUGCACCAGUGAAACUGUAAAAAAGAGCAGGCCGGUCAGUCACGCAGUCACCCCAUCAUCAUCUUCUACACCUUGUACGCCAUCCUCAAGAAUCUCUUCAUCGGCAUCAGGCAAGCAGGUUGGGAGAGUCCCCGUUCGGCCAGUCAGCAGCAGUAGCAGUAAACGUAUGGAGGACCAAAGUCAGCGCUUCAGACCCAAGGCGGAAAUCUAUCCUCGUGUCAGCACUCGGGCACCUUCUGGCUCUUCGGAGAAGAACACUGGGAGCCGCUCUCGACUGCCUGCAUCAGGCCUCAGUUCCUCCGCAGUGUCCAGGAUGGCAGACCGCUACAUGAUGCCUCAGGAGGGUCUGGGCUUCAUGCUGACCAACCAACACAGCCUCUCAGAGUACAGCCGAGCCCGGGGCUCCCCUCAUCAACCGCUCCCCAGUUCCCAAAUCCACAGUCGGCCAAAUCCUUCAAGACCCAAUGCCAUCAACCACUGUUUGCCCACAACGCACAGCUACGGCGUCUCCCAGACACAGGGAGCCGUGGCGCAGGCCUCUUCCUCCCCCUCAUUAUCUUCAAUACCGUCAGAGAGCCGUAGGGAUGUGAAGCAAGAGCCGAUUGGAGAGACACCAGACAUGUCAACCGACGUCCUGGGCUACCUUAAGAAAUACAACCCGCACGAUCUGGCUCCUUUCUACCACCACUGGGGUGCAGCCAACUCUCUGAUGGACCCCACAGGCAUGCUGAGGUCUCUGAUGCGGCAGGGCCAGUGCUUCUGCCGCGAGUGCGGGAAGAGCUUCAGCCAGCCGAGCCACCUGCGCACGCACAUGAGGUCCCACACAGGGGAAAGGCCAUUCUGCUGCCAGCUCUGCCCAUACCGAGCAUCUCAGAAAGGGAACCUAAAGACGCACGUGCAGAGCGUCCACCACAUGCCUUUCGACAACAGCCAGUACCCCGACGCGAGGAGCUCGUCCCUGGGCCAGGAAGAGCAGAAACCAGCGGCUGCCAAACACGUACCAAAUCUCCAGUGACGCCCGACGACAGACCUUACUGUGAUUAAAUGGUCCGCAGCCUCGGCACAGACGACUCCUGAAACCCAAAAUCUGAACCUCGACUCUGGAUUGACUCGUGAUUCUGGAGGAAUGAAGGUUCUUUUAGGAUUUCUUGAUGUUUUUUUGUUUUUUUCUUUUGCGAAAAGACCUGCCAAGAUAUGUAUAAUUACGUAAAAAACACAAACAAACAAAACAAACAAAAAAAACACAAAUCAGAAAAGAAUUUCUGACGACGACAUGAAAAGACGUACAAGCUGACUGUGAGGAAAUGAAGAUUGAAAAAUCUUAAGUGUCUUCUCAGCUGGACUCAACAAAUUUUAAAUCCUCUGCAUCGUUUGGGUCAUCUUUUGGACAUGGAUGCUUGUGUCAUUUUAAGGAUUCCUGAAUCUUUUUUUUUGUUGUUGUUGUUCCUGUCAGAAUUAAGAUCCCUCUCUUGCUUUCGUGUUUGAGGUGUAAAGUUGCCAAGUGCAGCCUUAAAGAAACAAGUCAAGUGACUAUAAAGCCGGAAACAGUCAACUCAUACGGAGCUGGUUUAAUCAAAAACGGUGGAAGUACUUGAUGGCCACCGUUGUCCCUCAAACGCUCGCUUUUUGGCUUCGUUGUACGCGAGUAUGGACCAAUCGACAGCAGAAGAGGACGAAUUCAGAGGAGGACAAAUUACAAUCCGCUCACCCACAACUUCUUCACUGCGGGAAGCUGAGGAGCGCAAGCCGGCGCUUAGAAGCUGCAGAGAGGGGCGGGAUAAGAAAGGAAGAAAGAGAGAACGCUGAAGGUGAUGUGUGCUUAAGUGCUCAUUAAGAAAAAAAGAAGUAAAGAUGUGUUUUUAAUAGCCAAUACAAAUGAGCAUCCCAUUUUAAGGCCAUUCAUUUAUUGUCCAUUUAAAACGAAGAGUUUUCCUUUAUAACCUGUUCAUAAAAGAAUUUCUGGCUCUAAAUUAGACAGAGGCUUCACCGUAAAGAGUGGCAGGGAGGAGUUGGCUCCAGAUUUUAUUUCAAUGUGUGUACUUGGGGAAAAAAAGAAACUGGUACUAUUGAAAAAAACAAACAAAAAAAAACUCUCCUACAAGAUACACUUGGACUUUUCUGCAUAUUGAUCCGCAAAACGAACUGCGUGAUGGCAUCAUGGCCAUAAUCUAGUUAUGCUGGGUUUUAAAACAAAUCACAUUUUCAUCUGACGAUUUACACCAUCAGUUUGGAGAAACGCAGCGUUGAUUAAUCUGCUGGUUAUGAAUAAGACCUGACAUAACCUGUUUGGUUAUACUGGGAAGGUGACAAGUAGUGACAAUAUGUGAGCUUGUGUCAAAAGUUGUUAAAAAAAAAAGGGCAGAAAAUAUCUAAUACGGGAGAAGAACAAUCUAAAAACCAACCACCAGUGAAAGGUUUAAGCUUCUAUGGUAAAACUAUUAAAGUUCAAUCAGUCAACGUUGGUUAUUUCAGGAAACAUGGUAUUUCUGUUGUAACGGUUAAACUAGAGAUGCAGCAAUUAGUGAAAAGAUGCAUGUGAAAUUUUCAAUUUACAUAAUUUUAUACAUACAUUCAAAAUGGUUUUACCCUUCCUGGCCGGAGCAGUUAUCGAUUACUCAAAUAAGGAAGAGGGUGAAAAUGUACUCUCUUUCAAAACCUUGAAGCGCUCACUGAUACUGAAACCAGCCUACUUUGAAACUUCUUCCUUAGGUAGCAACUUCCACACCAAAGAGUGUUGUUGUUACAUCACAUAACAAAAUGUAGGAUUUUCCUACAAGCUGCUGAAUGAUGGAGGCUAAGAGUCAUCCAGUCCCGGUCAUUCAGUGCAUCUCUAUGGUAGAUACAACUCAGUACCAUCCAACCCCUACAUAAGCUGUGUUUUGUUAAAUUUUACUUUCAACCGUGCCUCAUUUGCGAAAUAUAAUAAAAAAAAGAGAAAUGAGUACUUAUAUAAGCAUGCCAAUCCGUUACCACAUGUUGAAGUUUUGAAGAGAGCCAUUCUCCAAUGCUGUCGGUCCAGUUCUGUGAAUGAUGAUGUCUACAUCUGUAUUCUGCUGAUGGGAGGUCAGCAGUCAGAGGUCAGGAGAUGAGAUUUCUUGGGACUUUGGGGAUAUAUACAUCAGGAGUUUCUGAGGGGGGGAAGGCUUAUUUUGAAGCCCUCGGAGACAUGGAGCUGUCCCAGCCUUAAUGGGGGUUAGUGUGGGUUUUAGAUCGUCACCUUUCCAAACCUUCUAUCGUCUGCAUCUCCGUCUCGAUGUUCUUUAUACUAUCCUACCUCCUUCGCAAAGAAAGCCUGUUAAAAGUUUAUCGCAAUGAAGCUGAAAUCAUUAGCUCUGCUCGCUUCUCACCCUUAAAACAACAACAAAAAAAUCCCUCACUUGAAAUCAGGCAUGCCUGGAUGAAACCAGGAAACGGCAAAAGCAGCUCCAGACUUUUUAAAGAGCCGACUUCCUGGACUGAGAAAUCGGAACUGUAAUGCUAACGAAAAGGCGUUUUGUACUCUUGUUUCAAGACGGCAGUACUUUUUACAUGCUUGUAGGUUGUCUUUUUUUGUAAUGCAUACAAUGCCAUGUGCUUGAAUUUGCCUAAUUUAUACACACGUGUGUGUGUGUGUGUGUGUGCGCGCGGGUGCGUGUGUGUGCGUGUGUCUGCGUGUGUGUACAGAAGGCGUGGGUAGUUAAAAUACUUGAAAUGGAUCCUCUAGCCUUUGGGGGUAGUAUAGUACUAAUACCAAUGUUGUACAGAAUUCCCUUUAAGAUUAACUCCUCAGAGUUUGUACUCCAAAGUGUGACUUAGAAAACUGUAAAGCAGGAGUGAGUGUGUAAAAACACAAAGUGUAUAUCUGUAACCCACUUUUACCAAACCCUUUAUAAGCAGCAGUAGAAACCAAAUGGCAUUACUAGUGCACUUAGGCUAGGUUAGCGCUUUAACUAGUAUCAUUUGUCUCCACUUACAGUUAAGAUUUCUUUGAGAAUGUCUCCCUCUUUUUUUUCUUUUUUCUUUUUCAAUUGGUGCCGGCUAACAAACUUCUGUGUCAUCCUUGAUAUAGAUGGGAGUUUUUUUUUGUUAGAAUGAUUAGAAAAAAAUAAUAAUGAAAUAAAGAUUUAUCACAUGAAGGCUGUAGAGCACAACUUUUUGUGUGUUCUCUAUGAAAAGAUGGAUAUUGCUAGCUACAGCUGUGCUUUGUUUUUUUUAAAUAAUUUUGUCAUUUUUCUUUUUUUCUUUUUAGAGCUUAUUUUCUCUAAACUGUAGAAUUUAUUCGUUAGCUAGUCAAAGCAGCCACCCCAGAGGGACUGGCAGGUGUUUCUUUUUGGUUGGGUUUUUUUUUAUUUCCAUGCCUAUUAUACUGUGUUAUUUUUGUCUGUGUUGCUGUUUUUUUUUUUUUUACUUGUUUUGGUCUAUGAUUAAUUUACCCUAGGAAACAUUAUUAUUCCAAAUGUACUUGGUUGAGAUCUGUAUUUAUUAUCACUUCAAAAACGAUGAGAGGACAGCAGCGAGACGGGGGCGUUUGUUUUCAUUUGAUUUUUCCAGGUUGGUUUUUUUCUACCGUGUAGUUUUGUUUUGUUUUGUUUGUUUUGUUUUUGAAGCCAGCAAGCCGUCGUGAAAGCUCUACCUCGUCUGAGCCAUUCUCAGUUCUGUUACACUUUUGUACAUCAUUUCAGAAAGAUGUAACGUCAUGUCCACAAUAAAGAUCAAUACACAAAUAUGA